AAAAUGCCUCGUCCUUCGCGCGAUUCUUACGGCGAUCAGAAGCCACCGUACUCGUACAUUUCGCUCACGGCGAUGGCGAUCUGGUCCUCGCCCGAGAAAAUGCUUUCGUUAAACGACAUCUACAAGUUCAUCACCGAUCGGUUCCCGUACUAUCGUACCAACACGCAGCGCUGGCAGAACUCGUUACGGCACAACCUUAGCUUCAACGAUUGCUUCAUCAAGGUCCCUCGCCGACCGGACCGACCCGGCAAGGGUGCGUACUGGACGCUCCACCCGAAGGCAUUCGACAUGUUCCAGAAUGGCAGCCUGCUCCGGCGCCGGAAGCGCUUCAAGCUGCACCAAACCGAUAAGGACUGGCUGAACGAGGAGUUUGUGGCGCUCGCCAACAUGAAUCGCUUCUUCCUGGCACAAACCGGGGCCCCGACGUACCACGACUCACCGGGUUACUAUCCGCCGCUGACGGAACCGCUCGGUGGCAGCACUACCACCACCACCAGUCUGUCGCCCCCGAACGUGCUGUAUGCGCCGAUAUCCCCGCCACUCUCGCCACCGGAAGAUCUGGCGGUCGGCCAACACCAGCCAUCAGUAUGCUCCGCUCCCCUGCGCUCCGAGUCGCCCGCCAUCGUCAGUAAGGUCGUACCGGUUCCGGCCACUCCGGUCAGCACGCCAAACCCACCCAAACCAAAGCGAUCGUUCACGAUCGAAAGUCUGAUCGAGCCAGACAGCUGUUCCGAUUCCGAGGAGAGCGAGCGUAUCCUGCCACAGCAUCAUCUCCAGCACCAUCAGCACCAGCAGCAGCAGCAGCAGCAGCAGAUUAACCAACUGCGCCAUCUAAGCCAGCAGCAGUUUAUGAGCAACAUUUCCGCGUUCAACGAGUACGCCGUGGUCAUGCAGCAUCACCACCAGCAGCAGGUGGCCGCCGCUGCCGCAGCACUCGGCCAGGCUCCUUACGGGUCGGGAGUCCCGGUGCAUCCGCUGCUCCUGCCACUGGGCAAGUUACCGUCGUCGGCCUACUUCCUACAAUCGGCCGGGGCAGCCGCCUUUCAUCACCAUCCUCACCACGUGCACCAUCACGGGACGCAUCAUCCGCCGCCAUCCGCGUUGUCCCCGGUGCGCCCGGUACAUCAUCUGCAUCCGCACGAGCUGGCGCAUCAGGCGUUACGACCCGAGCCGCAGUCCCUAGCAAUCGCUUGAAGCCGCAGAAUCAUCUGAGCUCGGGCCCCAAUUGCAAUUGCCAAUCCGAUCUCGUUACACGGUACUUGUGUUCCUCGCGCAAGGUCCUGCGACGGCCAAAUCCUGGCAGGACUGCGAUACUUGGCG